CGUUAUCAUGAUAUUCCACAUGACAUUAAUCUUACGCGUAACAUUUAUAAAGGUUUACGGCCAAACGUUCCAACAAAUGUACCGAAAUUAGUUACCGAGUUGAUUAAUAGAUGUUUGGAUGCUCGACCGAGCAAAAGACCAACGUCCGCGGAAAUAUAUGAAAAAUUGGAUCAUUGGAUGAAUGAAAUUCGAAACAAUGGGCAAACAGAAUUU